GGGAGGCUGCUGUCCACACCCCAGCAGUGACAGCUUGUUCCCGAGUCAUGCGCUGCUGGGGUCUGUUCGUCCUCCUGCACCUCACCGGAGCCAGUGCAGCAGACGCCGGGGAUGACCCCUUCCUGAAAUGCUUCUUGGAUCCAGACUACAGGGAGCUGCUGGACAUCGUGAGCCAGGGUCUCAACCGGACCACCCGGCCGCAGCGGGUGGCCGUGGUGGGGGCCGGCAUCGCCGGGCUGGUGGCAGCCAAGGUGCUGGAGGAUGCUGGACACAAGGUAACUCUGCUGGAGGCCAGCGACCGCAUCGGGGGACGGAUCCUGACAUACAGGGACGAGAAGACAGGCUGGCUCGGAGAACUGGGGGCCAUGAGGACGCCGUGGAGCCACAGGAUCCUCCUGAAGCUCUGCGCCCGCCUGGGCCUCCCCCUGGCCCCAUUCGUUCAGUGUGACAUGAAUGCCUGGACCGAGGCGAAUGGGGUGAAGUUACGGAACUUCGUGGCGGAGGCAGCCCCAGAGCAGCUGGGUUAUCCCCUGCGGCCCUCUGAGCGAGGACGGUCACCGGAGGCCAUUUACCAGAUGGCCCUGGACAAGGCCCUCCAUGACCUCAAACACCUGGGCUGCUCCCGCAUGAUAAAGAAAUUUGAAAGCUACACCCUUCUGGACUACCUCCUAGGAGAAGGCAACCUGAGCCUGGCCGCCGUCCACCUCCUGGGAGACGUGCUGGCCGAGGAUGGCUUCUUCUCCCUCAGCUUUGCCGAGGCCUUACGGGAGCACAGCUACCUCAAUGACCAGCUCAGGUACCAGCGCAUCCUCGGCGGCUGGGACCAGCUGCCCCGUGCGCUCCUGCUCUCCCUGUCGGGCCCGGUCCUGCUCCGUGCCCCCGUGGUCCAGGUGUCCCAGGAUCGCAAAGGCGCCUCCGUCCUCUACCGGGACCCCCAGCAGCCCUCGCGCCUGCUAUCCCUAGCUGCUGACCGCGUCCUGCUGGCCACCACCGCCACAGCCCUGAGCCAUAUUGACUUCCGGCCACCACUCCGCCCCCCACUCCGCCGCGCACUCCGCCACAUCCACUACGUUCCAGCCACCAAGGUCUUCCUCAGCUUCCGGAGGCCAUUCUGGGAGGAUGAGGGCAUCGCGGGGGGGCACUCAACCACCGACCGCCCGGCUCGGGCCCUCUACUACCCACAAGGCUAUGGGAGGGAGGCCGGUGGCCUCCUCCUCGCAUCCUACACGUGGUCUGAUGCCACAGCGACCUUUGCGGGCCUGGGGGAGGAAGAGACCCUGCGCCUGGUGCUGGAAGAUGUGGUCGCCCUCCACGGGGAGAAGGUUCGGGAGCUCUGGGAUGGGCGUGGGGCCGUGAAGCGCUGGGGGGAGGACCCCUAUAGCCAGGGCGGCUUUGUGAUACAGCCCCCGCUGCCCAGGCCCCAGCAGGCCAGAGACCCUGAGCAGGAGAGGCCCUGGCACUGGGACUGGACUCAGCCCGAGGGCCGCCUGCACUUUGCUGGGGAGUACACGGCCCUCCCCCAUGGAUGGGUGGAGGCAGCCAUCAAGUCUGGGCUGCGGGCAGCUCAGAAGAUACAUGGGGCGGCCUAGGGGAUGGGGAAGUGCCUUCACACCCAAAGAAGACCCAGGAGUCUCCCUCAGUCAGCGGCCCCGGCCAGAGCCAAGGGGAGGGGGGGUGUCCUGCCUCCCGGGCUUGGCCAGGGCCAGCCACGGGGCCCAGGAAGGUCCCGCCGACCCCGGCGCCCCUGCUGAGCCAGGACUGGACACAGGCCCAGGAAGCUGCC